GAAAGAGCUUGAAGUCUAAAGUAAGGGAAAAGAGAAAGAGCAAUCGACGAGGAUAUCAAGGUACAACGGGUUAUACGAAUUCCCCAAAGUAUCCUCGAUUGUCGAAUCCUUGCAUAUCCGAGGUCACAGUAUCAGACCAUUUCGUACGUCCGUAAGAGGUUAAUCAUACCACAAUCCGGUCCGUAAUCAGCGACUUUGUCAUUGGUCAACCGAAAAAACGCAUCACCUUCAAGGAAAUAUAUCACGGACCAAAUGCUACGAUACUGAUACCGCACCCCGCGUCGCUGUUAAUCCCCCGCAUUGAUCCCUCCUGCCUUUUCGACCUUCGACUAUUCUGAGCCUUUUAUCGUUUUAUAUUCCUCAGAAGUUAUUCCCUCGUUUCUGACGAAGGCAUCAAUUCAAUUGCUCGAGUGCCAAUAUCCAUACCUACGAAUUCUUCAGCGUUCCAAUUGACAUACACAACACACAAUAAACAAGAUGGGUUGGAUGUGGUCAUCAUCGCCAUCCCCUCCCUCCAAGGGUCCCAAUUCAACCUCAAACCCGUCAUCAGAACCUCCCAAACCCUCAUCACCGACAAAACAAGCCGAAUCCGAGUACAGCGACCCCGAAAUCGCCAAGUUCAUGGCCCAGCUGCAAGAAGAAUUCGGCAGCAAAAGCAAACCCGCCGAGCCCGCUCAACCAGCACCACCCUCCUCCUCAUCCGACCCUCCUCCUUCCCAAUCCUCCUCAUCCCCAUCCUCCUCCUCAUCAUGGUCCAACUACCUCUGGGGCGCCACAAAAUCCACCCCCUCCCCCUCCACCUCAACCUCAACCCAACAAUGGUCUCCCACCCAACUAGACCCGCUCUCCGAAGCCCUCCUCCCAACCAGCAUGUCCUGCCGACAAGCCUUCGACGCCGCCUUCCACUGCAACUCUCUCGGGGGGCAAUGGACGUCCGUAUACCGGGAAGGCAACGUACGCACGUGUUCGGAGCACUGGGACGACUUCUGGUUCUGCAUGCGCGCACGCACGCUCUCUUCUCCGCAAAAAGAGGAAGCGAUCCGGGCACAUUACAGGAAAAAGGAGUACGCGAAGUACUUUGCGCCGGGACGGCUGUCGAGCACGGAUGUGUGGGAGACGCGGACGGAGAUGGUGCAGCCGGGGAGCGUGUUUAAUGAGACGUUGGAGAUGCCGGAUGUUAGUGAUGAUGAGUGGAGGAGGCAGGAGAUAGAGCGGCGGAGGUUGGUGAGGGAGAGGUUGGCGGAGGAGGAGGAGGUGUAGAGGAUAUAAUAGGGAGUGUAAGAUCGAUUGGACUGGACUGGACUGGGUUGGAUGUGUUAUAAUUUGUUACGUUUUAUGUACCAGUAAUUACAGGCUGUAAUACUCAUGAUGGAUGAAACAGUGUAUCAAAAUACUACACCAACAUGGAGUCGUGAUAAUAUACAGAUAUAAACACCACAGAGACACGAAUCCAUUUCUAUUUCAUCUUUUCCGAG